AAUAUUUUUGAUAACACCACCGAACGCAAGGGUAAGUGCCCUAGAAACUAAGCUAUUCCCACCCGUUAUUUGAAUUGCAUAUUUAAAGAUAGGAACGUGGCAGGAAUAGUCUAAAAAGAAGAAAUGCAAAAUAAAGAAGAGAGAGGGAGCGAGGAGGCUAAAAUAAGUAAGGAAUUAAAUAGUGAUGCAGGGGCUAUACAUAUAUAACCGACUGCACCUGCGCCACCACCACCACCGCCCGGCGAUUCCGCCGCCCCCACCCCCACAACCACAACCGCACGCCUCAACCUCCCUGCAGCAAAACGAUUGUAUUCAUUACACUCGUCACUCACGCUCUUUCCAUGCCCUAUCCUUAAAACACCGAAUUUUCUCCUCCCCUCUCUCUCUCUCACGCUCACGCUCACUCUCACUGCCAUGCCUCUCCCCUGCCGCAAAUGACGACUCUACCCCUCUUCUCCUUCCUCCUCCUGAUCUUCACCUUCAUCCAGACAUGGGUGGUCAACCAUGCCCUCGGCAUGUCAUCAACGCUCGCGGUGAUCCAUGCUACGGGCACCGUCUGCGGCAUCAUGGCCACGGUGCUUCCGCAGUCAGUUUCAAACUCUGUGGUGUGCUAUCGCGGCGGCGACCGCGUCCUUCGUGCUGCGCCAUCGAAUGUCUCCUUCUCUGGGAUAUCCGGAGGCAACAACACCUUUUGUGGCAUCGUGUCUGGCGGCAGCCCCAUCCUCUGUUGGGACACGGCAGGCGCCAAUUUGUCUGACAACUUUGCUUUCCGCCGCUUAUCAAAGGAUCGCAUCUUCAGAUCGUUAAGUGUUGGAGAGGGGGAGGUUUGCGGGCUCGGUUUUGCAGGGGUGGUCGAGUGCUGGCGUGGGGGCGGCUCUGUGGUGGCACAGUUUGCAUCGAUCACCGCCGGCGACCGCUUCAUGUGUGGGAUUUUGUCCAGUGGUUUCCGUGUUCGGUGUUGGGGUUCUUCAGGGAUAGGGGGCGAGAUUGAGGCCCAAUUUUCCAAUUUGACAAUGUCCAGUUUGGUAGCGGGUGGGUCGCACGCCUGUGGAUUUAGGAGAACUGAUGGGGCUUUGAUUUGUCGGGGAAGGAAUGAGUCGGGUCAGCUUAACGUCCCUCCAGGAGCGUCAGAAUCCCAGUUCUCGAGUUUGGCAUUGGGGUCAGACCACAGCUGCGCUACGAGGAGUAGCAAUGGAACAGUGGUUUGUUGGGGUGGUGGCUCAAAUUCUUCGUUGGUGUUGGAUUACCCGAGCGAUGAGCCAUUCUUGACGAUAGUUGCAGGAGGGAGCAUAACCUGCGGGCUCACGAGAGCGAAUUUCUCAGUGAUUUGUUGGGGUUCUGAGUAUUUCAGGCAGCCAAAGAUACUACCAUUGCCAUUACUGAUUCCUGGACCGUGCACCUCGGUUCAAUGCCCUUGCGAACUGUAUCUGAAUUCACAGAGACUAUGCUCGGGUAACCAGCGUAUAUGCGAGCCCUGCUCAAACCACAGCCCACCUCCUCUCUUUCCUCCACCACCUCCGCAGCCACCACCGCCACCAACCACUAACCAAACCCCAACAAAAAACAAUGGGAUCCUAAGCCGGGGUUUAUUGGCAUUUGCCAUUAUUGGAUCUGUAGGAGCAUUUAUAUCCAUUUGCACCCUCAUCUACCACGUUUGGACAGGAAAAUGUUUUCGCCAGAAGAAGGUCCACAACUCGGUCCAACCCACAGUUGCUGCAGCCGAGCCUCCUUCUCGGUCCUCAUCCACAGGCAUGAGGCGACAGGGCUCGCGAGCCAUGCGACGACAAAGGAGUGGCACCUCCUCGUCCAAACAUGGUGGUUGUGACCAUCGAGCUGAAGAUUUUCUACUCGCUGAACUCGAAGCUGCAACUGAUGGCUUCUCACCAGCAAACAAGAUUGGGGCUGGAAGUUUUGGCGCUGUGUAUAAAGGCAAGCUCCCUGAUGGUCGAGAAGUGGCAAUAAAACGAGGGGAUACAACACAGGCACGACGGUUCCAAGAGAAAGAGAGCGCCUUCAGGUCGGAGCUUAGCUUUCUAUCUCGGCUUCAUCACAAGCACCUUGUCUCACUCGUCGGCUUUUGUGAAGAGCAAGAAGAGAGGCUCCUGGUGUACGAAUACAUGCACAAUGGUGCUCUAUACGACCACCUCCACACUCGACAAGAGCCCGCUUCCCCAGUCCACUCAUGGAAGAUGAGGAUCAAAAUGUUGUUGGAUGCAGCAAGGGGGAUCGAGUAUUUGCACACGUAUGCAGUGCCGCCGAUUAUACAUAGAGAUGUCAAAUCAUCCAACAUUUUGCUUGAUAAGAGUUGGACAGCUAGGGUUUCAGACCUAGGGCUUUCUUUGAGGGGACCAGAUGGCGAGGGAGGUUACCUGAACAUGGCAGCAGCGGGGACUGUUGGGUACAUGGACCCUGAGUACUAUGGUCUCCAACAGCUGACCACAAAGAGCGAUGUGUAUGGUCUCGGGGUUGUGAUACUUGAAGUUCUCACCGGUAAGAGGGCAGUAUAUAGAGAUGGAAAUGGAGAGGUUGGGGUGGGAGGUGGAGAGCCGAGUAGUGUGGUCGAUGUUGCUGUUCCAAGAAUUAUGGCAGGGGAGGUCGGGGCAGUGCUCGAUGCAAGGGUGGAGGCGCCAGUUAUGGGAGAGGCAGAGGCAGUGGAACUCGUUGCUUUGAUGGCUGUACAAUGUGUUAGGCCUGAAGGGAGAGACAGGCCAACUAUGACUAACAUUGUGGCCAACCUUGAUCGUGCGUUCAACUUGUGUACCUCAACGAUGACAAGCCAUGGUAGCAUCUCGUUUUCACUCCCAUCCGAGUGAUGGUGGCUUCUUUUUUUGUUCGUCUUCUUGACACUGAUUUUGUUGGUGUACAUUUUGAUUCAGCUCAUACACACACAAAGAGAGAGAGAGAGAGAGAGAGAGAGAGACAGAGAGAGAGAUAUUUAUUCAUGGUUACUGAAUUAUUGUACCUCUAGUGACCAUGACAUU